ACUUGGAUAAUUAUCAUUGUAGCAGCAGCUGUAAUACUGUCUGUGGCUAUUGUAGUGUCCAUAACACUGUGUGUUUUCAGAUGUAUUAAUCACUUCAAUAAUUCAUCUGCAGAAAAAAAUAAUCCAAAAUUUCUAUCGAGGACUGAAAUGAGACAAAUCCUGUAUCAGACUAACAAUCCUGUUGCAAUAACUCGGAAUGCAGAAGAGAUAUUUAGCAGAAAUCUUCAGUCAAUAAACCCCAAAAGUCCAUAUUAUCCAGAGAUGGAACAAUCAGCCAAUGAAUGGAAAUUCUCAACAACACCCAGGAGACUUCCACCAGUUCCACAGAUCUACAAUAAACAGAUUUCAGAUGAGUCUUGUGAGCAAGGUGACAACAGUGGCAUUGUGACAUCAAACAACUUAAGUGAUACAUUACCAUCUCAAAGAGAUCACUGCCGUGGAUGGAGUGAAGGAGAUAUUAAAAAUCAUAUAUCAGAAUACAGUAACUACACACCAAACAUACCUCCAAUACUAAAAGAUGAACAUGAACAAGACACAUAUCUAGAACCAAUAUAUAAGAAAUAGUAAAC